GGAAGGAGCGGGGUGGGGGUGGAGCGGGGCCGAGGGUCCGUGUCGGUGCCGGGCGGAGCGGGGAGCGGCGCGGCCUGGAGCUCAGGUUCUUCACCAGCGGUGCUGGAUUGUAUUUCUAUUUGAUGUUGAUGGUCUUCAGUACAGCAUCAACCCCUUAAGAUUCGGAUAUGUCCUUCAUAUUUGAUUGGAUUUACAGUGGUUUCAGUAGUGUACUGCAGUUUUUAGGAUUGUAUAAGAAAUCUGGUAAACUAGUAUUUCUUGGAUUGGACAAUGCUGGAAAAACUACACUGCUGCACAUGCUCAAAGAUGACAGACUGGGACAGCAUGUCCCUACAUUACAUCCCACCUCAGAAGAGCUGACAAUUGCUGGUAUGACUUUUACCACUUUUGAUCUGGGUGGACAUACUCAAGCUCGCAGAGUGUGGAAAAAUUAUCUGCCUGCCAUCAAUGGCAUUGUGUUUCUGGUGGACUGUGCUGAUCAUGAAAGAUUGACUGAAUCUAAAGAAGAACUUGAUUUGCUAAUGACAGAUGAAACUGUUGCAAAUGUGCCUAUCCUAAUUCUUGGUAACAAGAUCGACAGACCUGAAGCCAUCAGUGAAGAGAGGUUACGAGAGAUGUUUGGUUUGUAUGGCCAAACAACAGGAAAGGGCAAUGUAUCUCUGAAAGAAUUGAAUGCCAGACCACUGGAAGUCUUUAUGUGCAGCGUGCUAAAGAGACAAGGCUAUGGAGAAGGAUUCCGUUGGAUGGCACAAUACAUUGAAUAACACCAAAAUCACAUCAGUACAUUCUGUCCUAUGUCUGAAUACGAUGUCUGCUCAUUAUUUGAUUACUCAGUGUACAUAACUUAAACUCAGUAGACCUUGUUUGGUUACAAAAGCAAAUGUUUUAUAGAUUAUUAAAUUAACUAUGCUAAACUGCAAGUGUGAGGAUUGAAAACUGAUUUUAAGCAAGUUUUUAAGACUGAAUAUCACAACAUGUUAGCUUUCAGAUCCCAUAACACAACAUUCUUUUGAAAUUUAUAACUUGACAAUAGUCUCCUGCACCAUUUUUUGACAGAGUGACUUUCCAGUACAGUACGUUUGAACGCACUUUUUAACAGCUAAAAAUUAGAGCCAUGUGAAUGACAUUUAAUGUUCAUCAUGUUAAAUUUUUUAUGUACUUUUUUGAAACUGGUUUUUAUAAAUUUAGAAUAUAUAACCACCUCUCAAGGAACAAUAAAUAAUUAGCUUAUUGAUAAUUGCAUGAUGCCUUACAGCUUUCAAUAAUACACUUUCUUAUGCAACGUCAUGCAAUAAAACUAAAUCCAGUUUUUGGCAUCUUUGAUGGAUAAUGUUUCAUUUUAAUGUGUCUUAACUAGUGAGGAUGUCUGAAGAUCUGAAUAUGUGGGAUACCUUCCUGAAACAUAGGAGGCCACAAGGUAGUUUCAGUGAACUUUGGAUUAUUCCGCUGUUAAUGCAAAAUCCUAACAUAAAUGCAAUCAGGUAGUUUGAAAAGCUUAUAAUUCUCUAAUCAGAUGCCCUAAUCUGUCAUUAAAAACAAAAUCACAUUAAAUUAAUCAAUUAGUGCCUACACAAUUCUUGCACUAAAAGCAAAAAUUAGCCCAUUUUAUUGAUCUCGUGAAUUAAAAUGAACUUGUAAACUGGCACAGGAAGUGCACAUUUCCUUGAAGAAAUGAAAAAAAAUAUAUGCUCCUGGUUAAAUUGACUUUAGUUGUGCCAGAGGAGUUGAUUCUGAAUAACUGUUAAUUCCCAGAAAGGUGUUGGCCCAUGUUGCCUUUGGAAACUCAUGCCAUCCCUUGCCCAACUGGAUGUGAGUUUAGCCUCUUCCUUUUUUUUCAAGGAUUUUUUGGACAGUUUUGCCAUGUUGGAAAACUUUGUUAUGUCUUGGAAUCUGAGGUGGCUUAUUACUGGGAUAAAAUUUUAGUAUCACAAAGACUUAUGUGCUGACAUUUGAUUGUUCCUUUUCCCCUUCCUCUGCAUGCAUUACUUCUUUGGGAAGGAAUGAAGAUUAUCUUCUAAAAUGGAAAGUGUUGGAGCAUAUGUCAACUUGUUGUUAGUUGGUACUUACUUUUGAAUCAUGGUUUGUGUGGUGUAGGAUGUCACAUUCUGUAGCCUUUAUCUGAGCCUAUUUACAGCAGGUGCGCUGUUAUUUUACAUAUAUCUGAAAAAAGGGAUGGAAGUUGAAUAAUAGAUUUCAAACCUGGAGUCCUCUUUUUGUGGUGAUAUUCAGUGGAGGUUUUGCCUAAGAGACUAAGGACAGAUAUACAGUUCUUAGUGUUGAAGAUUGAUUUCCAGGAAAGGUUGGGCCUGCUUCCUUCAUGGCUAUAUAAGCUCUCUCUUCGGGAAUAUAUGUGGAUCCUGGUGUCCAAUAUUCGUGGUAUAUUGAUAAUGUAUGUCUGGAAUUGAUUGUUUUCUUCUUGUUGUCUCAUUGAGUUUGACUUCCAGAUGCAGGGUAUACAAGAUCACAAUGAAUAGAUGUGAACUACCCUUUUCCCUGAUCUGAACUUUAAUGACAGAGUAUUGAUAAACACAUCUCCACAGUCCUGAAUUGUGCAUCUGAAUAAGAGGAAUAAUUCAGAACCUUGAAGUUAAUGUUUAUAACUCAUGUUUGCUAUUCUGCAGAUCCUGUCUUCAUCUUAAGCCUUUUUCUAAGUCAAAGUCAUUUGUCAGUGGUGAGGUCUAAGCAGUAAGUGAAGGCAACAGAUAGCUUAAAUGUGUCAGAUAUAAUGCAACCUAAAAGUGACUUAGAUGUUGGUGACCCCCCCCCCCAAAA